AAAUAUUGUAUUUAAGUGAUCUUUGUGUAAUUCAUAGAUUCGUACCUAAGCAGACUUCUUAGACACCUUCAGAAUUAGAAUAGGUCUAUAUUUUGUUGCUAAAUAGUGUCAUUCUGUCAUAUAUUAACUGUGGUUGUCAUAUCAUGGGUUUUGUGUGUUAAACAAAACCCAUUUUAUUUUAAAAUAAUUUAAAUCCUAAGCCCAUGUAGAUAAUAAUUUAGAAAUGACUCUUAUAUAUAUUGUUGAUACAUAGUUAUGUUUUUUUUUAUAAUACCUAAGAAAAAUGUCUUGAAAGAAACUUUUUUUUUAAGAAGCAUGGGUGAAGGAAUCAUCGUUUUUGCUCUCUGGUAUAUAGCCAUUGCCUACAAUUAUUAUAUGGGAUACUUGCCAGCUGAAAUACCUCCAGAGCAACCUCCUGUCUCAGCUCCACAGCCACCUCCACCUCCACCUCCACCACAAAAUCAAUCACCGAAAACUUGAUCUUACUGACACAAACACGAAGAUGUACAUUUAACACCAAUUGCAAAAGAAGUAUUGGAGAAAAAUAUACCUCAAGAAUUUUUUAAUUUUGAUCGAAAUUAUGUAAACAACUCGCUGAGAUCGAACAAGAACUAAAUUGUAAUCAUUUGUCUUUCA